UAUUUUUUUCAAAUUUUAGUAUAUUUAAAAUAUAUAAAAAUAUUUCUCACCAAUAUUUUGGUUACAAAACAUGAAACUGAAAAUGAAAGAGCUAAAGUACUAAUGCAAUUAUGCAAGUUAAAUCUGAUAACAGACAUCCAAUCAGUGUUUUAAAUUUUAAAAAGAAUCUUUGUGAGAUACUACCUGCUAAGCAAUGGCUGUUAGAGAAUAGUUUAAAAGCUCAAGGUUUAUCAUUUUACCAGAUUCUUAGUCCUAAUGCAUUUUCUUAUGCACACUCCUAUAUUCGUUCAAUUGACAAGGAAGUCAAAUCAGUUGUGCAUCAUCAGAGUAUGAUUCAAGUUGAGUGGUUUGAUGGUAGAAUAAAGAAUGUUCAUGUCGAUCCUGCCGUUUUAAGCAAUUAUCUCCAUCAGUUGUCUAAUACUAUCUCCAUCUACAAAAAGCAGUUUUCAUUAAUGACUAAAAGUAGUUGGCAAUUAUUUGGAAACAUUUUUGAGUCAAAUAUUACUGUUAUUAUUGAUUUAUCUGAAGAAGCAAGUUAUUGUUUGCAUUUUCUUUUGACAUCAUUAAAAUUGCUAUUUGAAGAACAACUUCUUCACAAAAGUUCUUUCAAGGUUAUUUGCUGUAAUCCAAAAUUAGAUUGUUUUGAGUCAUAUUUUGUUGAUGAAAAUUCUAUCAAUCAAUGCUGGAAUUGGUUGCUCUCAUUAUCAUGUGGUGGUAUGCGAAAAAUUUUUCCGGCUUUAAAGUGUGCUUUUAAAUCUAUGACUAUUGAUAACUCCAGUUUAUACUUGAUUUCACUUGGACAAUUUUAUGAUAACAUGGAUCCACUUGUCAGUUAUAUUGAAGAAGCCAUGUUGAUCUCAUCAUUUUCUAUAAAUUGUGUUUAUUUACAACCCCCUGAUUCAAUAAUUGUACAUGAUAGAUUUGAUGACCCUUUGUGUAUUUCAAAAAAACUUAAAGCAAUCAAUGAGGCUGGAAAUGGAAAGUUUCACUGGAGUUUUAAAUCUGAUGUAGUUGAGAAUGAAGACUUAAGAUUGCUGGCAUCUGAGAUGAACAAAGCAGGGUUGUAUAUAAAUAAAACAGAAAUUUUAUUGGAAAAAUUUCAUUUAAAAUGCAGACAAAAAAAAGAAAGAAAGAUAACUGAAAAGUAAUUUUCAGUGAAAAAAAGAAGCUAUUGAUGGAAUUGAAAGUGACUGAAGUUAUCAGACUAAUAAAAAUUCUAAAUUUUUUAUUAUUAAAAAAAAAAACUUUUUAAAUUUUUUAUUGUGAUUUUUAAUGUAAUUUUAAUUUUCAUAAAUAUUUUUAAAGAUGAUAUUUACUUAGAUUUUAAUGUAUAUAAUUGUAAUGUUAAAUAAAUUUCAAAAUAUAGAUUUUUAUUGUUAAACAACUCUUUGAUUGUAGACUUGUAUGAGUAU